AUGAGCCCUCCCACUGGUGCUAAGAUUGGACGGCCUACCGAAUUCGGUCCGAGUCAAGCUGCACACUGGGAUGGUCGGCAACCCCUCUAUAACGCGUUGCGCAGAAGCAAAGCAUCCCAGAAGAAAAUGGGUAAAUUCUUAGACGGCGAAACCAUCCUUUUUUUCACAGUCUUUGGGUGGAACAACCCAAUGCGUUGUGAGCACCCGACCGCCUCCGAGCCGACUACGGAGGCCAUCGAGAUACGCAGGGGGGAGGCAUGUGAGGCGGGGCAGGUAGCCAGUCAGAAAACUGCGGGAGAGAUGCACAAAGAACGGGACGAACUGGUGAAGCACGUCCGGCUUUUGAUGUCCGCGAGGUUUCAAGGAAAAUAUGACGGUCCCAAGAACACGAAAGUGGCUAAAACCAAGGUUCCGGCUGUCGCCAACAAGAACUCCAGCGCCGGCAUACAAGAGAUACUCAUGACCUUCUUGACGAAGCCAACUCUGGGACAGUUAUGCAAAGCAUGGGCGAAGUCUCGUCCCGGUUUCGAAACCGAUGUGGAUCGACGGUUAGCUGAGGUGAGGGUGGAAAAAGGCGACCCUAACUACGCUCGCAUUGGGCUAUGGAACACGAUGGCAUCAGAAGGCUAUUUAGCGGCAAGUGCGGAGGAGAAAGAGGAGAUAAUGAAGAAGGCUAAGGAUGCAUUGGACAAUCGGAUGGAAGAGCGGAGGGAGCUUCUCGCAGAGCCGAAGUCGAUGGCGGAGGCGUUGAGGUUCAUGGAGACGUCUCAAUCAUUUCUCGAAGAUUUGAUGCAGUUUUUUGCCGACCGGUGCGGCGGCAUGGCGGUGAUGGUAGUAGCUGGAUCGGGGAAUGUUGUUAUAUCACAAGGGACUUGCGAUAUCGUAGGGAAACCAAAACUGUUGUAUACAGAUAUUGAGGGAGAAAAACCUUUACUCGAGGGACUGGCGGGACGUAUACACCAGCAAGCGUGUCUUGUCACGGAAUCUAAAUGGGGUAUGCGCCUGUCGGAUCACGCUAAAGAUCCGCAACGCGCUACCCAAAGCUGGAGUGAGCAAACGGGCACCGUCAUGUCGCAAAGUCAAGAGCGUUCCGCGAUCGCGCCUAUCAUUGACGAAUUACCAUCGGUCAAUCACAAUGAGGAGGGAGGCAAUGAUAAGGGCACGGACGACAUCUACUACCAGACGUUGGCUAUGGACAGGAUGCGGCUAGACGUGGAAGGCGAUGAAGCUGUUAGAGUUCAGCCGAACACUGUCGCAACGCUACGCUCAGCAUCAACGCCCGAGCCCGCAUCUUCAGGCAUGUUCGGCAGUCAGCAGAGCCAUAGUAUAGCGCUGCGGUCAACCUGCACCCGCGGCAGCUCUGUGACCAGAUCUAUGACUGAUGAUGCGUCGCCCGAAGCGUACGAUGGAGGCUUGCUUUCUGCAGGAUUCCCCCAAGCGGCUGAAGUGACAAUCUCGCAUUCGACGCAACCGGUGUUGGAAGUGCAAAGCCACACUUUCCAAGAGAGACUGGUCAACGAUAUCGUCACAGAGGUCGAGCCGGUAGACGCACAUGAUGCAGGAGGGCAGUGCCAGGAAGCCGAGAACCAGAUGCACGUCGACUUGCAGGCAUACGAGAUGAACAUAUCAACACGUGGAAUAAAUUUGCAAGUAGGCGAUAAAGGGGUACUUCCUGCGCUGGCCUUGGGACGACAAGUUUUUGAAGAUCUAUCACCUUUUGAUAUAACAGAGUACGAACGGCGGUGUGCAGCAGACGGUAGUCAACUUGAGGGGAGGAAGGAUUGGUGGUCUACGCACGGGAUGACCAGAUUCCUCAUCACGGUCCCCUCGAAGCUGAGAGGACGGGUGAAUCUCACGAUUGGAUGUAGAGCGGUGCUCGCUUACUUGGCGCUGGAGCUCAGUAACGCAACCGACGGCAUAUUGGACCUUUCGUUAGGCGCGGAAGACGGAGAGAGCCGACCCGCGUAUACGGCCUGGCUUAGAAAUAAGCCGAACAUCACGAAGACUGUUUGGCACCCACGAGCUAAGCUAGGAGAGAAGCGCAAGCCAGCCUCAUUAGACGCCGACAUUGGGCGACUCCUGACGGCACUAUGGGUUCACCAGCAGCCUGAGUCACGCCGAGAUGACAAUGGCGACCUAAAGCACGCAGCCAACGUCAGCAUGAACUGGCAAGGAUGCCUCCGACCUGGACCAAAAGGAAUCAGGCUACUGCUAGUAACAUUGCUGUGCUGGGGAGGACAGAGUGAAGAUGGCGAAGGGGAGAGAUGGAACGCACUGGCUCAAGAUUUUGCCAAUGUCUGCGACAUACUAGCAGCCCAAGGCGGGAAGUAUCAGCCACCUCACGUCACUGCAGGCGUCGUGGACAGCGGUCCCCAAAAGCGUCCAAAGAAAUUGACAGAAAAGGCAGCCUUGUUGAAAGAGGAGAGCGCGAAUAAGAAAGGAGCGAAAAGAUGA